AUGGAUCCCAGGUUCCGUAAUACAGCAAACUAUUUGUCUGGACCUGGUUAUGUUACAGACACCAUAUUACGAUUGGAUUCCCCUGGUUUCGGGAAUCCUUCAUUCCAGUCUUCAAAAGGAGUCAAACGGAAAUGGAAUUCGGUCAACGGGUCAAUGGAUUUGCAAACCGGGUUGCCAUUAUCCCUUUGGCUGGGCCAUUCUCCAAGCUCAUCUGACAGCAAGGCGAGUUCCGCCACUGGAUGCACCACCAUGUCUUCUCAGAAAGAAACCGAUGAAGAGUCAUCAAUGGAUCUUGAACUGGAUUUCAGUCUCCAUCUUGGUGGUGAAAAGCCACCUGUCACUAAAAAACCCUCCACCUUCACUAAACCAUCAAUGGAGGUUGACCUGGAAUUGAGCCUCUUCUCUGCACCAGCUGAGUCUGAUGUCACAACUGUUCACAUUUUUAACCAUAAUGCCACAUCAGAAAUUACAACCAUGCCAUCAAGUUCAGUCACAUGUUCAUCCGGUAACACAGAGCCACAUCAGCAUCGAACCGGGACCACAAAAACAUGCCAAUUCGAAGGAUGCGAGAAGGGCGCACGAGGCGCUUCCGGCCUAUGCAUCGCCCAUGGCGGCGGCCGGAGAUGUCAAAAACCCGGCUGCCACAAAGGAGCCGAGGGCCGCACCGCCUACUGCAAAGCCCAUGGCGGUGGCCGGAGAUGCGAGUUUUUAGGCUGCACCAAAAGCUCAGAAGGCCGCACCGAUUACUGCAUCGCCCACGGUGGUGGCCGGAGGUGCAGCACUGACGGCUGCACACGCGCCGCCAGAGGUAAAUCCGGGUUAUGCAUCCGACAUGGCGGCGGUAAGCGGUGCCAGAUGGACAACUGCACGAAAUCCGCGGAAGGCCUGUCCGGUCUCUGCAUCUCGCACGGCGGUGGCCGGAGGUGUCAGUUUCCGGCGUGCACGAAGGGCGCUCAGGGAAGCACCAUGUUCUGUAAAGCCCAUGGAGGCGGCAAGAGGUGCACUUUUGAAGGGUGCACGAAGGGCGCGGAGGGGAGUACGCCUUUUUGUAAAGGACACGGCGGUGGAAAGCGGUGCGCGUUUGACGGUGGCGGUGUUUGUCCUAAGAGUGUUCACGGCGGAACCCUAUUUUGCGUUGCGCAUGGCGGCGGGAAGCGGUGUGCGGUUCCGGGGUGUACGAGAAGUGCGAGGGGGCGGACGGAUUGUUGUGUCCGCCAUGGUGGCGGUAAGAGGUGUCAGUUUGGAGGGUGUGGGAAGAGUGCACAAGGGAGUACGGAUUUUUGCAAGGCGCAUGGUGGUGGGAAGAGGUGUGUGUGGGGUCAACCGGGGUCAGAAUAUGGAAAUAAUAAUGAAGAUGAUGUUUGUAAUUCGUUUGCGAGAGGGAAGACCGGGUUGUGUACGGCUCAUGGGGCUUUGGUUCAGGAUAAACGGGUCCAUGGUGGUGCCACCUUGGGGACCCUGGUUCAUGAAAUGGUACCUAACCAGAACACAAAGCAAGUGUUGUUUCCUACACCGGUUGCAGCUGAUGUGAUGUCACAUGGGUUUAAACCGUUUGGGGUCCAGCCUGGGGUUGUGGUGGGUGGACAGAGUGUGGAAGGGAGGGUUCAUGGUGGAAGAUUGAUUGCUUUGUUGGCAGCGGGCAGUUCGGGCAGCUCGGGUAAUGCAAUGGCUCAGAAGUGGGUGUAA